UUGGGGUGUUCACAGUUCGUUCCAAAUUGUGUCUGAAAAUGUAGACGUCUACAUUUUAAGACGUUUUUAGCAUCAAACUGUGAGCACCCCUUUCUCGCAGUUGUCGCAAAAUCGUCGCAAAACUUUACUGCUGUUGCCAGACAUUUCUUGUUUGGGUCAAUUCGAAAAUUUAGUUUAUAAUUCAUAUUCUGCUUUGAAUGCUCUUUGAAAAUUGUCAAUGCGAUGCUAAUAUGCCGAUUACAAGUGAAAAAGGAGAACUGUUAAAUGGACUGUGCUUCCAAAAUGCACUAGAUUUAUUAAUGAAUGAUUCAAGUGACGAUGAAAAUGAGGAGGACAUCAUGUUGGCCUUUACCAUCAAUGUUGUGGAAACACUUACAAAUCGACGAGCAACUCAUUUUUAUGUUCCGAAAACACAGGAUUGGACGCAAAGUGUGCUUGGGCAGUUCGAUAGCAACAGAUGUCGUCAGAUGCUACGUGUUGAGAUCGAGGAGUUCAGCUACAUCUUAUCGCUCAUCAAGGACGACAAGGGUUUCUCGAACAAAAAUGGCGUUCCUCAGCUGUCUAUAGAACGGCAAUUGCAGAUUGCCCUGUUCAGACUUGGUUCAAGUGGAGAGAGUGCAUCCGUUCGAAAAAUUGCUACAUUGUUUGGAGUUGGUGAUGGUGGCACAUUAAAUAUUGUAACAUAUCGUGUCAUAAAAGCGCUCAUUAAUUUAAAACACAAAUUUUUGUUUUGGCCGUCAGAAACUGAGAGAAAAGCUAUCGUAGCAAAGACAAUGCAUGAGCUACCCGGAUGUAUUGGUUAUGUUGAUGGGUCUGAAAUUAGGCUAGCAGAAGCGCCGGUUAAAAAUCAUGAGCUGUAUUUUUCCCGAAAAAAGCAGUAUUCCGUUAAAAUACAAGUCGUUUGCGAUUUUAAUUUGCAAAUUCGUCAAGCAAGCUUGGGCCACCGAGGCAGUGUUCACGAUGCCAAGAUAUACAGCCUCUCACCUAUUUGCAAAAAUUCAGCAAGGUACUUUUCGGAGAAACAGUGGCUGGCUGGUGAUUCUGCUUAUCCAGUUGGUGCCAACUUGAUAACACCAUUCAGACAAAACAGUACUGAGCUAACAAAGGACAAAAGAGACAAAUUCAAUAAAUACUUUUCCAAAUACAGAGUGAGGGUGGAAAACUGUUUUGGAAAACUAAAGGAGCGGUUCAACAGUUUAAAGGAGAUGCGAUUCCGUUUACAUGAUACAGAUAAUCAUAAAAGGUGUUCUGAAUGGAUAUUAGCCUGCUGCAUUCUCCACAACAUAAUACAGCAGUAUCAGCAGGUUGGUGAUGAAACCGAAGGGUGUGAAGCUGUUGUUUAUCCAGCUGAAUUUUCCUUUCGAUGGCCUUAA